UCAGCGGUCGAGUGUGGACUGGGAAGUAUUGUCGGGAAGCUGUCAUGACAAAAUGGCUUGGACACAGCGUGAGUCCUCUUCAAAAAACAGAACAGACCCUGAUAAGAGUUUUAUCUUAAAGAAGGAAGUAAAAGCUCAAGGCGAAUUUAGUCGCUUCUUUAUCCAGUCCGUGACCAAAAGUGGCCAGCUUAAGGAGACUGGAGGAGAUUCGUGGAGAGUUCACAUCAGACAAGGUCCAGCAUCCUUAACACCGAUCGUGGUCGACCAUAAUGAUGGAACAUACGAGGUUCUGUUUCUUGCACUGGAGCCUGGGAAUUACUCGGUCCAGGCUAUUCUGGAUUUCACGCUUUGCGAUGGCUUUAGAGAUCCACCGGAGGAUUGGUACAUAAAAGGUGACAUUCAAGGCCACAAACAGGAGACUGGUAUCCUGGGAGAUAUUGACCAUGAUUUUAUUGAAGCACCGCUUCAAAGUGGAAAGCCGAUCGAGUUUUAUAUCAAAGAGUGCAAUAAAACAAAAGGUUUCUUCAAGUACAUCCAGCCAUUUCUAAGUCAAUCAAGUAAAGAAAGUUUCUCCCAGUCGUCGUGUGACUUUAACUGCUCCUUGGUGUGGAAUGGCUUUGGGCGAUGGGUCAACAGCAUUUGGAAACAAUACAUGCCUGAAGAGAUGCAAAAGGCACAAUAUGCGGAAAAACGUGUGAAGAGAAAAUUAGAUGAUCUAAUGUUUUAUGGGGAUUCCACAAACGUGCAUUUCCAUUCUCUUGCAAAGAAAAGUCAGCUUUGUAAAAAAAUGUUUCAUACCUGUGGGAAGAAGUACAUGUGGAAUUAUGAUGUCUCCUGGAAAGGAAGCGAUGAUAAAGAUUUCAACCAGACUAUUGUCCAUGAGGAGAUCCAAAAAGUCUUGGACAGCCAUGACAUGAGAGGGAAUCAAAGCGUUUUCUUUUUUAACGUCGGUAUACAUUACUCACUACCGCUGAACUUUACAGCUUACCAAAUGCUGAUUGAUAGCAUUAUCAAGAUACUAAGGAGGGACACUGAUACUGAGAAUGAAGGUGCGUUGAAAAGCCGGGCACUUUUCAUUUGGCGAAGCAACGCAGCUGUAGAGGCGAAGGGUUUUGAAGACUUUUUCUCGCAAGUGAACUAUACCGAAUGGAGAUUCUAUACCAAUCAGAGGAAUCAGCUGUUCCAUACUUAUGCUACAGAUGCUAUGUGUAAGGCUGGAAUCCCUGUUAUCCCUAUAUUUACCCGAUGA